CAUAAAGGUGCCGAAGCAGUUGCUAAUGUUUUAUUGGAUAAAUUUACCCUUUUUCGUGCACCCACUAUAUUACAAAGUGAUAACGGACGUGAAUUCGUUAAUAAAAUAAUAUCUGAACUUUGUACUAUGUGGAAGGAUUUGAAAAUAGUUCACGGUAAGCCAAGACACUCUCAAAGCCAAGGAUCAGUUGAAAGAUCAAACCCAGAUAUAGAAAAUAUGCUUGCAACAUGGCUUCAAGAUAACAAAACAAAAAAAUUAAGAUUCGUACAAUUAAUGAAAAAUCGUGCAUACCACCAUGGUACAAAACAUUCUCCAUAUGAAGCGAUGUUUGGUACACCCCCUAAAAUUGGCUUAACAUCUUCAUUACUUCCUGCAAACAUAAUAGAAAAAUUAAAAACCGAAGAAGAAUUACAGGUUGCUUUAGAUUCAAUAGAGGUCCUUUCUAAUGACAACAAAAAUAAUGAAGUGAUUUGUGGUAUUGAAAAAGAAGAUGAUGAAGAUCAAAAUAUAAUUGAAAAACAAAUAAAAACAAGACAAAUAUCAAUUAACCAAAACAGGAAAGAGUCAUUAAAUCAUCUGAAAAUUCAAGCCAAAAAAAAUGACGGAAAUGUCCGAAAAACGAUUUUGUCAAGGAAAUGUUGGGGAGUCAAUCAGAGUUAAAAUUUCUGAUGUAGAUAGAGCACGGAGUGAUCUCAGAUGUGUUCUUGGCGUGAUUAUGUCAGUGAAAGAUAACUUCUACGAAAUCGGUACGACCAAAGGAAAACUGCAACAACCAAUUUACGAUUUGUAAGGAAACAUUUGUACAUAUCGAAGACGUACCGGGUAAUUCAAUAUCAUUGCGAGAAGCAGCCCGCUGCUUUUCUAAUUUAGGGGACAAGGAUAUGAUCGGUGUACUUGUACACAGGGUUGCAAAACAAAUAAAUGCAAGUGUCGAAAAGCAGACAGGCUAUGUAAUUCUAAGUAUCAUUCUUCUAAAUCUUGUACAAAUAAAUAGGUAAUAAUAAAAUUAUAAUUUAAUUAGAAAAAUUACAAUAAAAUUAGUAAAUUUUAAAGUAAUUUA